AUGUCAGAGUUGAUUGGUUGCUUAGUGGGUGGGCUCUGUGAUAUAUCCGACAAAACCAGGGUCAAGACUUGUGACGAGGAGUUCAUUCUCUGGCGAGUGCACGACGAUGCCUUGAGCACGUCACAACAAACCCCUACCGCAUCGUCUACCACCCAGCCAAGUCUUAUCAUUCCCACUCUGUCUACCACCGCUAUAUAUAUAGUACAGGCACACCAGAAGCAACUCGUCGAUUAUCAGCAUUCGGUCGAUGGAUCCAAAGCUACAUGUUAUACCACCAAUGUCACGGUGUCACCCCGUGCUUCCUCCAGAACAGAGAACAUUUUGUGUGGCGAACACGGAGUUCCUACCGCCAUUGCACCGACAACUAUCUGGCUUGCUUCCAAGUACGAUGUCACCUAUGCCCAGCAUCGCCUCUCCCACCCCGGAGCAAAAGUCCAACCAACGAAACGGGCGAAGCAGGCUUCGAAAGGGGAACACCCAGCGAUGGGGUCCCCAGGAGAUUUACGGAUGGGAAGCGGAUCGUUCUCAAAGCCAACCGGCUUCACCCCGCCCGGGGACUUCUUCCUCACCCUGGUAACGGUAUCAACUCGGCGCUCUGCUCCCUACCUACUUCCGACAGGUCAAGAGCGAAGCACGUGGAAACCCGAAAGAAGCUGUGGAUGGUGGAGUUAUAUUCAAUCGAAGUGA